UAGUAUUCUCCCCUCCGAGCCAGGGAGUCACCGCAGCCGCCUCUCUCCCACAAUAGGGGGCCCUCCAGCUAAACUUGUACCCCUCUGUCCCCUACAGACACAGCCGCAGCCCCCCCUGCUCACCGACAGCACUUACCUGACUUGGCAUUUGCAGGGGAGAGAAUAAAACUUUAUAUUUUCCCUGUUUUUACUCAUUCUAGACCUAGAAUUUUGCAGAAUUUUGGGAUUGCGUGCCCCCCCCCCCCCCAACAGCGUGAAUUUCUCCCAGACACCGAGAGGUACCAUGGACUUGGGCAAGUUCUGUCUUGGCAGCUUGUGGAUCUGCUUUCUGCUGGAGGUUACGGGGGCCCGGGGCUUCAUGAUAAAGAACGCCCAGCUGGAGAGAUGCGUUCAUGUGAAUCAGGAGAGCGGGCGAGUCUCCGUAGCAAAGUGCAAGCUUCACUCCCUGCACCAGCAGUGGGUUUGGGACGCAGAGAAGAACUUUAUAAUGAACGUGAAAAGCAACCAGUGUCUGACCGUCCCGGAAAUACAAGAGUUCUCCACCCUAAAGCUGGGGCCUUGUGACAGCAAAGAGCAUCAAGCCUGGACCUGUGAUAAAAUGGGCCACUUGGUUCUCCAGCCCCACGGACUCUACCUAACGGCAAAGCCCGAGUCCAAGAAGGUAUUUGUGUCCAAGGGGAGGGAUAAAUUCAGCAAAUGGAAGACGGAGUUGAAUGCCCCAGUCUGCAAGGGCUUCAUCAAACCUUCUGAGCCCCUCGAGCCAAGCAAGACCCCCGAAAUGGACACUGUCACACAACUGGCGUAUGGAUCUAAUUAUGGCAGCACCAGAGCAGAAUUAAGGAGGUUCCCUUCCAGCCCCGGCCUAAUCCAGACCAGUUACACCACUCGGCCUCCUGGACGUAACGCCACGUUGAACUCUACUGACACUGGGAAGUUCACUCCAAGACACAUUGGUGAAGUUGGGCAGCAGUUCGUCAGUGCCCGGGAAAGCACGGUGGAGACCCAGUAUCAGUACAGACAGGGAAGUAACAGCUGGAAGGCGGCCAUGUUGGUCCUGAGCCCCCUGACUUUCAUCCUGGGGAUGAUCAUUCUGGCAAUGAAUGUGCGGUUGAACAGGAAAAGGAAACUCCAGUCUACCCAGUGCGGUCGCCCCAAAGCCACCCAUAGCUUGGGUUCUGCACAAGAGCGGCGCCCCCUGACGGCCACGGGAGACACAUCGGGGGGCUCGGGACAAGCCCCCCACUCUCCAUCCAUUAAACAUGGGGAGAUCCUAAUUGAAUGGAAGGACGGUACCAUCACCCCUCUCUUUGACCAGCAAACAAACUGAUUGGAUUCUCUGCAGGGGCAAAACCCCUCCUCCCAAUAACUCCGCCCAUUCCUCGCUUGCGCACCGUUAUUAACCGUCGCUUCCAACAAUCACAAAAUAUUAGAAGUUCUUAGUGAGUUUUUACUUGAGGGCAUCGUCAUGGAGAUGGCGGUGGGCAUGGCUGACCCCAGAAUAAUACAGCCCAGUAGGCUUAUUCUCUAUCCUUACAGUAGGAUGGCAGGGGGCUAAGCCUGCAGAAUAUCACUGAUUAUGCCCCAUACCAUGCCCAGGGUGCUGGGGGGCUACACAUGGACUGGGAUCCAAAGUGCAGAGGCCAAUGGCAGAGCACCGAGAGCAACCGAGUGGAUAAUGUGGGGCAAUAAAUGGAAACCCUCAAACCAAAUUCAUGUUCAAUUCUUCUGAGCACUUUUGCACUUUGCUAUAUUUUUUCUAGUUUUCCAGAUAUUAGCAGUUCUUAAUCAAGCCCCGCCUUCUGGGCACAGUCGGCUGUCAAAAUGAGGCUCUUGGGAGGUUGCUCUGCUUAGAAAUGAAGAUAUUGGGCCGAGAAGAGCCAUUGGAUGUUUCUAUAGACAGUUGUAAGUGAUGCAACAUCACAUGACUUUCCUCAUCCUUUUCAAGGGGUCCAGGGUCGGACUGGGCCACCGGAACACAGGGAAAAAUCCCGGUGGGCCCCGACGGCCCAGUCUGACCCUUACCUGCGCUCCUCCUGCCCGAACGCCGAGUGGGGUCCCCUGCGGGGGGGGGGGUUAGGGGACGUGGCCAGCGGGGGCACCUGCAGGGCCCUGCACCCCCCAGUCUGACCCUGAAGGGGUUGUUUACCUUAUAAACAUUUACUACAAUGUAGAUAGAGAGUGCUAUUUUGAAACAAUUUGCCAUUGGUCUUUCUUUUUUAACUCCCCGGUGAUAUGGUUAAAAAGCAAAUCAUUAAAAAAAAUGAUAAAAAUUAAAAAAAAGACCAACUGAAAAGUUGCCAAGAACUGGCCAUUCCACAACAUACUAAAAGUUAACGUGAAGGAGAGCCCACCCCUUUAAUUCUGUCGGCAGUUGGCCGAAAUGACCUGUAGGUGGAGCUGUCGUUUCAAAUUCAUUAAAGAGGUAGCUUACCCUUUAGUAUGUUAUUCAAUGGCCAAUUCUUAGCAACUUUUUCAUUGGUCUUCAUUAUUUAUUUUGUAUCAUUUUUUAAUUAUUUGCCUUCUUCUUCUGACCCCGGAACCAAAAAAAUUGUUAUUGUUACUUUUUAUCCCUUAUCUUUCUGUUCAGGCUCUUUCCUAUUCCUAUUCCUUUCUCUCAGUCAAACCACUACCUGGUUGCUAGGGUAAUGUAGACCCUAGCAACCAGAAAAUAUAGUAACUUGCAAAAAUGCUCAGGAGUGCAAUGUAAUUGCACAUUCAUUUGUACUGAGGAUUUACAUUUCCUAUAAAGGGAAACUAAACCUUUUUUUACAUUUCCCUUUGUAUUUGACAUUAAAUGGCAGCUGCACAAUGACGUUCCUGUUGCUCCUGUAACUGCUAUAAAUGUAACUGAUUCUGCUGCAA